AUGACACAUCAAUGUUUAACAUAUACCACCAGUUUUUUGUCAGCCGCUGCGACGUUUGUCAGUUUUUCUGUGAGCAGUUCUCCAUUAGUUUCAGCAGAUUCCAGUGAGCAGACUGAAAAGGUUAGUUGAAGGGAAGUAAAUAGGGGGGGGGGUUUAGAAAUAUGUUAUAGUCACCCGUUUAUUAUACCUGUACAGUGGUCUCCAAAAAAGUAUACAGUAUAGAUUUUUAGAUUCAAAAAACACAACUUGUUGUUUUUUAUUUCAUAUAAACAAUUGCUGUAACUUAAUCAGAGCACCUUCAAAUUAGUGAAAGCUCUAAAUUAAUUUCCAAAAAAAAUCCAAAGCUCACCAUUGCGUUGAAACGUUUGUAAAUUAAAAAAAAAUAAUUUGAAGACCAAAACAUUCUCUAUAAAUUUUCCCCAUUCUCGAAAUGAUAUAGGAUUAUUGAUCUAUUGAAUCAGCGGAAUUUUUUUUGAGUGGGUUGAUCUCAAUAUGAUUUUUGAGAGGAAGUUGGAUUUCAAUUGUUUUGUUAUUUUUUCAAAUAUAUGACGUAGAUAAUAUGCGUUUUCUCUGAAAAAGUUUGGAAUUUGUUUUUCUGAAAAAAAUUAACAUUCAUUAUAAUCAAAGUCAAAUUAAACUGUAUUCCCAAAAAUUAAAAACAUUCACAUUCCAAUAGACAAUCUACAAAAAUCAAGUUUCAUAAUACAUUUUUUCUCUUGUUUUCCAGUCUCAUUUUUUUCUGUUAAACAACCCACUCAAAAACAAGCAUCCUUUGCUAAUUUGUUUGUAUUCUUCCCGGACGAAGAACAAUAUAUGAAUCAUACAACAAUUUUUGAGCUCUGACAAAUCUACACUAACAUCCCAUUUUCCAAAUUGCUUUUUUAUCUAAUUAUCUUUUUUCAGCCAAAAACUCAAGGUUGGAGUACAUUGAAGCCAGUUACAAUGGAGCAAUCUGUUCAAACAGAUGAUUUAAGUCCGCAAGAUGUUAGAUAUUUGGAUCAGGUGAGAAUGAUCAAUUUUUUUUGAUAAUAAUGUUUUUUUGCAGAUUACAAAUUUAUCCCAGCAAGCGUUGAAUAAUGUGAAAACAACAUUGAAUACGUUGGAUCCAAAUAUAAAUCCAAACCCACUUCCGAAUCAAAAUCAAAAUCCUGUCCCAACGGUCCAAAGCCCAGUUCAAAAUACAAAUUGGUACCCAUAUCAAACUUCUGGCCAAUAUCAAAACCAGAACCAAAAUCAAAAUCAAAAUCAGAAUACUAAUUAUAACAAUCAACCACAAUAUGAUCCACAAAAUUGGCGACGUGAUAUGCCAACACCACAACCUUGGGAUAGGGUAUGUUCAAAUUUCUAAUGAACACUCAAAUUUUGCACAUUUUCCCCCGCAUGUCCCAAAAUCUUCUAACACAUUACCCUUUAGACAACAAAAAUCAGACGAGAUCGUUCAAAAUCCGAUCGAAAAGAAUCUCGCGAAAAAUCAUCUUCUCGACGAAGAAAUUCACACCACGAAGAACAUCACGAAGAUGAGAGUCGUGAAAAAUUUGAUACCAAUCAUAAUCCAUUUGAACCGCACCAUCCGCCACCAAUUCCACUCCCACCACCCCAUCAACCUUUUUUCCCGCCAUUUUUGGUAAGUUUUUUUCCAGAGAGUGUGAAGCUUGAUUUUUUUUUGCUUGCUAGUGAAUAAUGCGAUCGGAAAAACAGAAGUUUGUUGUAACUUUGAUGUGCAAACACUUAAAAAAUCUUCAUCUGACAUUUUGUGACUAAAGAAUAACUGUAAAGUGCAAAACUUCAUAGGUUUAAAGAAAGUUAUCAAGCUGCGGGGCCAUACAGGUAUAGAAUUUGAUAUUCAGGUUCAUGAAAUCAAAAUGUUUCAGUUUGUGGUAGUAUUUUUUGAGAAACAUUUUGGAAGUCAGCCAUUUCUAUAGAUUUUUUUUUGAUAAUUCAAUUUAUUAUAACUUUUUUUUUCAACUUUUACUAUACAAAAACCAAUACGCUUCUUGUCAUCAAAUUGAGUCACUUUCUAAAUAAAUUGAAUCUUCAUUUUUCCACACAAAAAUUACGAGGCCAUCAAACAAAAAGGCCAGGUAUUGGUAUUGACAUUUGCUUGUUGACACCCGAACUUUUUUUUUGAGAAUUUUUAUUUUUGGAUCUCCGGUUCGUCCAGACAAGACUCUAUUUUCAAACAAUUUCCAAAUGAGGACAAUUAAUCGGAUUCAAAUAUCUACCAUUUCUCAUUAUUUUGAAAAAAAACAGACAGAAAUAAACACAAAAAAGUACAAAAUGCACGUUUCUGAACACCGUUUCUGUACUAUUUUUCAAAACGUAACAAUUUGUUUUUCUUCCAUACAUCCAUAAAAAAUAAAAAUAAAAACGAACAAAACAGUAAAGCACACAAAAAGUUCGUCAAUUUUUUGAUAAGAUCAAAAGUUUACCCAGCGGCUGCGGUUUUUUUUUGUAAUUCAACAAGUACACAAAAGUUUGGUAAAUACAUACAUACUCUUGCCUGACUCUUCUUUUUGUUGAAUUUUUUAUUGAAUUGAGAAAUUUGAAAUUUUAUUGGAACAAAAAUGUAUAGUACUCGCCGCUAUCCUAAACGCUAUGCUGAUGAUUAUUAUGAGGUUUAUACUUUUAUUCAACAUUUCUGAAGCAAAAUUCAGAGCUUCAUUUUUAAAUUUUUUCAGGGAACAACUCCACAAUAUUAUGAUCCUUAUGGUGGAAGUGAAAAAACAUCAUCAAGUGGAAAUAAUGCAGGUUUGCUUGAAAUUUUCAAAUUAAGAAUCAAAAUUAAUUUUUAGUUGCGUUGGGGCUUGGAAUUGGUAUUCCUGUUGGAAUUAUGAUGACAGCUUUAAUUGUUAUUUUAUUUUUCUGGUGUCGAAGAAGAAGAAGAUCAAAUCAAAAUGUAUUUCCGUUACCAUUUCCUAAAAAAGGCAAUGAUUAUGAAGCACAAUUGGAUAGUCCGGUUUAUUCAAUGUAAGUUGAAUGUUUUGAAAAAAAACUAGUUUUAAAACUGAAAAUGCAUUUUUGAUGGUCAUCAGCCAGUAGCAAUUUUUCAUUUCUUUAAAUUAUCAUUAAAGUUUCAAAAUCUCCCACUAUUUCUAUAAAAAAUUCCGAGUUGACAACUUUCAUCCCUAUUUUUUUACAGACAUGAUCCUUGGAUUCUCGAUCGUCAUCUCCUCGAGAUCAAUUUUUCCAAAAAACUGGGUUCUGGCGCAUUUUGUAAUGUUUUCAAAGGAAAAAUCAAUGGUGAAGCGCCUGUCUCAAUAAUUCAUCCUGGUGUUCGAACUCAACAACUUCGAGAUUGCCCAGUUGCUGUCAAAAUGUUACCAUCAUUUGCUGAUGAUAUUGCAAGAUCUGAUUUUAUGCAAGAAAUCAAUUUUAUGAAAUCUCUAGCUUAUCAUCCACAUUUGGUGUCAAUGCUAGGAUUUGUUGCUGAUCGUAAAUCUCCAUAUUUAUUAGUUGAACUUUGUGAACACGGUGAUUUAUUGCAUUUGAUUCGUUCUCGACGGGAUGAAAUUAUUAUGGGACCAAAAGGAGAUCAUAAUAAUGCAAAUUUAAAAAUCAAAGACUUGUUAAUGUUUUCAUGGCAAAUCAGUAAUGGUUUAGAAUAUCUGAAUUCUAUCGGAUGUAUUCAUCGAGAUAUUGCUGCAAGAAAUGUUCUAGUUGAUUCUAGUAACACUUGCAAAAUUGGAGAUUUUGGAUUGUGCCGGUUAACUGAUUCACUUUUAUAUACUGCAAGAGGUGGUAGAUUACCAUUGAAAUGGAUGGCUCCAGAAUCAUUAUCAAGUUAUGAAUAUUCUUUCAAGAGUGAUGUGUGAGUUAAUUUUUUAUUAUAAAAUAUCUACAAUUUAUUUUAUUCUGUUCGAACUUUUCAGAUGGUCCUACGGAGUUUUGUUAUGGGAAUUAUUUUCAUUGGGUGAAGUUCCAUACGCGGAAGUUCAAACAACAGAUUUGUUAUCAACUCAUCGAUCUGGAAAACGAUUAGAUCAACCAAUGUAUUGUCCAGAUGAUAUGUAAGUUACAGGAAGUUUGGGAAAAUCAAGUUUUCUAAUCAAGAAACUUCUUGUCUUGUCUGAAAAAACGUGUAUUUUUUCUAGAUCAGGUGAUUUUCGAUCAUAAAAGUGAAUAUCUUGUUUCUCAAGGAAAUUUAAAAAAAUUCCAGAUAUCGUGUGAUGGAAAUGUGUUGGAAAAUGUCACCCGAUGAUCGACCAAGUUUCCAACAUAUUUGUUCAAAUUUGGCAACACUAUUAGAAAAUGCCACAGAAAAUUAUGGCUAUCUAAUACCAACCUCAAAACGUGAACUGAAUACAAAUAAUCAAGUGGAUAGUGAGCCAGAACAAUGUGAUAAUGUAUAA